GGUUCCCAGUUUCUAACUGAAUCCACUACGGCGGCCGGACGGUAGAAUCGUUCCCCAUUUCGACCAAACAAGAAGCAACAGAAAACGAAAAACUCAGGUUCGAUCGAUGGCUCUGGAAACCUCCAUUGUCAAAAAUUCCGAGCCUCUCAUCGUUGGCCGGAGCCUAAAAAUGGAGUACGCUCGUGCCCUAUUUGUGCACGCCCCCGGCGCCCCCGGAAGACGGCAAGCCAGCCGAGCUCCUUGACAUUUAGUGCCAAGUCUCGGGGGGCAUUUUGCUCUCCCACUUCUCGCCCGCCUAAUUUAGGCGCCUGGCCCAUCCCCAUCUUGGAGCGACGAUCGCCGCAGCCGCAUCAAGGCAGAGGGGGGGGAGCGGUGCUGCCAUGGCCAUGGCCAUGACCAUGAAGCCGUCGUCCAUGUUCUACGUCCACGAGGCGGACGUCGCCCACAUCCACCACUUCCUCGAGGACUGCUCCCUCUGCGGCAAGUCCCUCUCCGGCGACAUCUUCAUGUACAGAGGUGACACGCCGUUCUGCAGCGAGGAGUGCAGGCAGCAGCAGAUCGAGGUGGACAGGGCGAAGCACCGGCGGAAGAAGCACGCGGCGGCGCACGCGGUGUCGGCGCGGAAAGAGCAGCAGCAGCAGCACCGGCACCACCAUCACCACCACCAACACCAACACCGUCAGCACCAGCAGCCACGGAGGCCCGCGGCCAUUGGCGGCGCAAGCCCGUGGACCGACGCCGGGUUCGCCUCCAGGGGCCCUGCAUUGCGCGUGUGACCGAUCGAUCGAUGGAUCGAACCAACACGCACGUACAUACACACACACACAUACACACGACAAUGGUUUGGUUGCAAUUAGCGGUGCACGUACACACGCCUGAGGAUCUGGCUCCCCGGGCGGCUGGACUUGGGUCUCCUUUUUUUGUUUUUGUUACUACUCCGUAGUAUUUUUCUUCUGCACAAGGUUAGAACUUUAGAGCCAGGAGACGGGGCGGCCAUCAUGCGUUCGAUUCAUGCUUGGGCUCCGUCUCCAUUUCUCUCGCCUCCCUCAGAUUUUUGGCUAUUGUUCUGCUGUUGUGGAAUGGAAUUGAGUUUCCGUACCAAAACGAUCUAGAUGUAAAAUCUUGCUAACUUUUCUGAAUAUAGUUCGUACAGUUUUCUGAA